UAUCUUUCACAUUUGAGGUCCUCUCAUGGACUCUCGCACAAAGAUAAAAAAGAAAAUCAAAAUCGUCAAAAGCUACAAAAACACACCGUAACAAUAAGAAAAAAAAUUUAAGAAAAUCGAGAACUUUUAUGUUUUUUUGUUCGCGCAAAGACUUGCGGAGGCGUUGUGCAAAAAAUAAACAAACACAGAAAAAACAUUAAAACUUACGUCAUCAAACUUGAUGAUUUCAGAAUUGGUGAUAGAUUGUGGUGAGAAAUCCGAUCAAAUUGACACAGAAAUUGUAAAAAGCCACCCAUCCAUAAGAACCCAUAAUAAUUUAUCAAAAGCUGAAUUUAUUAAUGAGUAGUAUUCCUUCGUGGACUCUGUGUAUUUAUCAGAAAAGGGCUUUUUGUAAAUUGCAAGCAGAGCAACCAAAGAGAACAACAAAAGAUGAUUCAUGUGGGAGAAAAUACAUGGAACCUCAGAAUUUUUAUAACUGACCUAAAAGUGGAGAAGCAGUUGAGGGUGAGGGGAGACCAGCACAUUGGUGGCAUUAUGCUGCAGCUGGUUGACCCUGAAAACCCUAAAGAUUGGUCCGACCAUGCAUUGUGGUGGCCCGAAAAAAAUAUUUGGCUGACCCGGACACGGUCGACGUUAGACCAGGUUGGUGUGCAAGCUGACUGUUUAUUACAUUUCACGCCCAUGCACAAGACAUUGACAGUCCAGCUGCCCGAUUUGCGUUUUCUUGAGUGCCGUGUUGACUAUUCCAUCAAAACGUUCGCUGCUGUUGUCAAUUUGUGCAAGGACUUGGAUAUACGCCAUCCUGAGGAGUUGUCGUUGUGCAAGCCCUUGGAAGCAGAGCAUUUAAAGAAGAACUAUGGCAAAUAUCCUCAGAAAAACGGUUCGGGGUACUUACAACCAGCACCCGAUACAAAUUCCUUUAUACCCAACAAUUCGGCCUAUAAGGGUGGUAGCAGCGGUAGCCUGGACAGAACACAGAACGGCAAUUUGUUGUGUGCCCCAGUGUCGCCCUAUAACACUACGCCUCGAAAGGGCGGUACUGCUCCAGGUACACCAGUAAUGUCUUCGCCUACAGGCACUUGUUUGGGAGAUAUGCAAGAAAAUUUGGCUGCCUCUCCCCGUUGCCCUAGUCCGGAUGUAAGGUCCCGCCUGGUACGCCCAAAAAGUUUAAUCGAAAAAGCCCGUAUGAAUGUAGGCUGGUUAGAUUCGUCACUAUCAAUUAUGGAACAGGGCAUUCGGGAAUUUGAUACUUUGUGCCUACGCUUCAAAUACUACACAUUUUUUGAUUUAAAUCCAAAGUAUGAUCUGGUACGAAUUAACCAGCUCUACGAACAAGCCAAAUGGUCUAUAUUAAAUGAAGAGUUCGACUGUUCGGAGGAAGAAAGUCUUAUGUUUGCAGCACUGCAGUUGCAAAUCAAUUGGCUCAACGAAGCUCAAUGCUACCAAGUUCGCGGAUUGGAUUCAACAUACAACGAAAAUGGCACAGAUGACGACAUCGAUUCGGCUUUGAACGAACUUCAAAUAACGCUAGAAGGACCAAAAUCCAGUCAUGACGGCAAUAUUACCAAAAUACCCGAAUUGUCUGACCACUUACGCUUCCUGAAACCGCGCAAAUUCACUAUGAAAGGAUACAAAAGAUAUUUCUUUGCCUAUCGGGAUUUACAUUUGCAUUUGUAUAAAAAUGCCGAAGAUUCGCGUAGAGGAGCGCCGGUAAUAACGAUUAACUUGAGGGGCUGCGAAGUAACUCCCGAUGUUAAUUUGUCGCAGCAGAAAUUUUCGAUACGUUUGGAAGUGCCUCCAGAGGGAGGCAAUGGACCCAACACUGAAGUCUGGAUACGAUGUGACACCGAAGACCAGUAUGCAAAAUGGAUGGCUGCUUGCCGCCUAGCAGCCAAGGGGCGUUCUUUGGCCGACAGUUCUUACGACGCUGAGGUGUCCAACAUCAUAACCCUACUUAAACUCCAAAAACCUAAUCAAAAAGCGACCGAAACUAUCAAACCAAAGAACAUAGAUACCCAAGACUAUCUUUCCCCGAAAAUGCUGAAGAAACUAUCGGGCAAGGCUGCCACUAAAAUUUUAGAGACCCAUGCAAAUGUAACGAAACUUACUCUCAUGGAGGCCAAAAUGAACUACAUACAAGCCUGGCAGUCACUGCCAGACUUUGGAGUGUCGUUGUUUGUCAUCAAAUUCGAUGGACACAAAAAGGAAGAACUUUUAGGCGUUGCCCACAAUCGCAUUAUGCGUAUGGAUCUUAAUACCGGCGACCACAUUAAGACCUGGCGUUACAACACCAUGAAGGCAUGGAAUGUCAAUUGGGGCAUUAAGUGCAUGAUGAUUCAAUUCCAUGAUGAAAACGUGGUAUUCUCUUGUUUAUCGGCCGAUUGUAAGGUGGUUCAUGAAUUUAUUGGCGGUUACAUUUUCAUGACAAUGCGUUCGAAAGAAAACAAUCAAACUCUUAACGAGGAAAUGUUCCAUAAACUAACAGGUGGCUGGGUCUAAGAGCACAUACUGUAGGAACCUACAAAUAUAUAUACAAUUUUUUUUCUAACUUCUAGCACAAGCCCACUUCAACGCACAUUAAAUCAACAAAACAAAACAAACAAACAAAUAAAAUUUAAUCAAAAUUUUCGAAUUUCCCUUUUACAAAAAUAUUAAAAAACCAAACAAAAGCAAAGAAUUCUUUAAGAAUUACGUUUAAACUGUAGUACCCUAUUUAUUCUAUACUCUGGACCUUGUGUGUAUGUAAUUACCAAAGCGUGCCUACAUCUAUCUAU